GCGAAUGGGUGCAGCUGCAUUGUGCUGUGCACUUCAUCCCAAUUUUCUGUGCCAGUAUAUACGUCAUUAAAACAAAACGUCACUCGAAUGUAGUGAUAUUGAUCUAAUGCUCCGGAUGUUGUUUGUGAGUGACAUGAUCAGUGCAACGAAAAGAAUGGACAACCGAUAGUAUUAACAGUUAGUAGAUUAAGAUAAACAGAGAAAUCAUCGAAGAACAAUGUUUUUGUGGAUAGCCGUUGUGUCAAGGAGCUCGUCGUCAACUAUCUGAUAACAUGCAAGCCCGUCUUUCAUCACGUACUAUUUAUUUCACGUACUACCUGCUGCUCGUACUAUUCGCUUCACGUACUACAUAAUCCCAUGAAUCGCAAUCAGAACUGAAGAGACAUACAAAAAUGGCAGGGAAUGUGGGAAUAUUUUUUCUCCUCCUCAAGAAGAACUUCUUGGUUCGCAAGAAGCGCUGGGUCCAAUCCCUGAUAGCCCAGAUACUGAUCCCAAUAGCGUUAUUUCUGAUCGGACAAACAGUCAGAUUGAUGACUGACAAUUCAGCCAAAUUCAUCAAUACAACUACCUACUAUGAGAUUGAAUCUAAAAAGGAGAUCUUAAGCAUGAUCCAUAGAGAUACGACAGUUCGUUUUACACCCGAGAAUAGUGCAACGAUAGAUCUGAUGCACUACACACGGACGUGCCUUCAGCUUCCAGAGUCCAAUGUAAAUGGUGCUCCGACUGAAGAGACAAUGAUAAAGGAUUUAACGAGGGAUCAAGUGGCCAAUAAAGAUCAUGUCGAUGCACUGGGUGUUGUUUUUGAGACUGUUGUCAAUAAUUCGAUACCAAAUAAUUUUAAAUACAAGAUUAGAAUGGGUAGCGCUCUCAGAAAGGAAUUGUACGAUCCUGAGGAGAAUGGGGAUCUCGCUGAUGAUAUUGUAAUGGGAUCGCCCAUAGUUCCAUUGCAAUUGUGCCUGGACGAGGCCUUCAUCAACUGGGUUUCCACUGCAAGUAUCUCGAAAGUGAAAAAGUACAAACCAGAAAUCUCAAUUCAGAAAAUGCCUUAUCCACCCUACACUAGNUUUUCUCUAUUCGUUUGA